AUGAGUUUGAAUAAAGAGACUAAGCAAAUCGAACAGGUCUCACGUACUGUCGCAAAAUCGUUGAUCUUCUGCAUCGAACAUUGCUCAAUUCGAAAGCUUAUUGGUGGGUAUUCGAACCAGGAUGAUUUCGAGGUGACUAGACAAGGGUCGGUUGGAAUGGCCAGGAUGACCGGAAGCCUUGAUCGGGCCAAAAUGCCCCCGCAGUUCAUCGAAAAAGUUAAAACACCCAAUCCAAGACUGAAAAAGACUCAUGAGGCGUCACGUGGAAAUACGGGUGUCAUUGGUUCGAAGCACUUGCAGUCCAUCUACAACAUUGUGGAGGAAACCAAACAACGAGUACCAGGAAACGGCAAAGAUAACAAGGAAGACGCCUCACGUGUUAAGUUACAAGAUCGAGUUUUAACGAAAUCGGAAGACGCAGUGAUAAACUCUGUCAUGCAGCAGGUCGCUGAACUGAAUCGGGAAAAACUAUCUGAUGAUUCUAUGGUCAAGGUAUUGACUGCAGUCUACUUGGAUGCAAAAUCAAAACUGGCUGAAAGAAAUCGACCGGAGCCGACAGUUAAUACAGACAUAACUCCGGACGCAUCCGUUCCACAAUCCGGAACCGAUCUGUCGAAAUCAAAUGGUGGAACCGAGAAUCAAAGCCACAAUAUGAACGCGAAGUCUGCAUCUCCUAAUCAGCCCCAGUCCAUAGCAGAGCGGAAAAGAAUUCAAUGGGAAAAAGAAAAGGGACUCAAACCGCGAUCAGUCGGGUCGGGACUUCAAACCCUUGCCCCUGAGCUACAUGGUCGACGAUUAUUACCUUGUGCGAAUGGCUCAAUCAGUUUAGAGUAUCAAGCUUGGAUUAACCCUCUGAACAAUCGAAUGGGCUAA